CGUGUUCAACCCCGCGCCGGUCAUGGCACUCACGCACAAGAACAAUGCAUCGACAUAAGCAACACUGCGGAAGGGCGUCGACGAGCACCAAAAGAUGAUGCUGCAGAACAGCGGUGUUGCCAGAAAAUAGAUGUAAUGCAGCGUGAGGAAGUUGAAGGGCGGUAGCACCGCCAUGAUGCGGCGACCAACUGGUCGAAGCUGCGCUCGAGCUAUAGGGAAACAAAAGUCAAGGUUGAUAUCAGUAUAUCUGACUCUAUUGGCCGAUCUGGGGUCUCCUAUUCUCCCUCGGCCGAGAAACGGUGUUCGACUUCGCGGUGAUGGCAACACUUACAUAACAUCCCGUAGAUAUGCGAGAUUCUCACUACCAGCGCAGGCCCGGUCCCCUGGAUGUAAGGAGGGAAUAGAAAGAGUCCUUUCCCUGCAGCCAAGGUGCAGAUGGACCAGGUUUAUUGAUCAAAUAAGAAAAAAAUUCUCUUCUCUGCUGCCGCCAGUGCCCCUCCGACUGGCUGAGGAAGUGGAGAGGAAACCCACCCCGCUAACGCUGACGAAAGGCUGGCAUGAAACAAGUGCUCAGAAAGGCCGAAUCAUCCAUGUUCUUAUUCUUUUGGGGUAUAUGCAACCAGUCGAAUGGACGAGUCGAUCGUGGGACAAAUCGCAGGGUGUCUUGGUGCAUGUGGUGGCUGCAGUGGACAGUGAGAGGGAGGGAGAAGAGACAAAAUUCAGCUCAAGUAGCGGUGACGGAAGAUCGACUUUUCUACGGACCUACUACAUAUUGAUCUACGGGUCUUCAAUUGCUUGACAGACCGUAAAUACCUGAUCUGCUGUGUAGGCCAGAGGCUAGUCCAUCGCAUAAACUGGCCAGAAUUGGGAUUCUAGCAGCAAAUAACAAGAAAGUCGGGGGGGAAAAAGUCUUCGUCAAAUUCCUCUGUUCGAGCAGGCAGUACGGAGUAUAUAGGAUCAUUGCAGCCUCAGGCAUCCAAGGGUCCUCUCACUCUCGGUGCGACCUUCUGAGG